CUACAAAAACAAGGACUCAUGAGAAAACCUGUUCCUGUUGCUCUCUCCGCCCACUGUAUCCACCCAUUAUUAGACUUCUUCCUGGAUGUAGAGAAGAGUCAUUAAAAGCAGUUAACCUUUAGGAUGAUCAAGACAGAUUUUAAACAUUCUCUUGGAGUCUGAUUGUAAAGACAGCAGCACCACUGAAGAGAUCCCUUUAACAUCCAAAGUCCCUGGUAGUUCUGUAUUUUUGGGUGACGUUUACUACAACAUAGAAAUGAGCGUGCAAACCUUUUCCAGAGCUGAGAUCCUGCAGAAGUUUAAUAUUCACUGUCAAUUUCUUGCUGCCAAUGACUUCGGAGGAUUCAAGCAAGAGUUUGAGGAGCUGAAUGAAGUUGGUAAAGAGUUCUCGACAAAAGCUGGAGACUUGGAUGUCAACAGAGACAAAAAUAGAUACCCCUACAUUUUACCAUAUGACCACUGUCGAGUGAGGCUUUCACUUCAAGAUCUCCAGCCGCACUCUGACUACAUCAAUGCAAAUUUUGUGCCUGGUGGAGGAUCAGAAAGAGACUUCAUCUGCACUCAGGGACCUUUGCACAACACCAUGGCUGACUUCUGGAGGAUGGUGUGGGAACAAAAUGUCAGCAUAAUUGUCAUGGUGACAGCGCUCAAACACAAGGACACAGUGCUGUGUGAUAAGUAUUGGCCCUUGGAACGAGGGACAGUUUUUCACGGCCUGAUCCAAGUAACAACACUAACCCGCAAACAAGGUCCAGAUUAUUUUGUCACCACUAUUAACCUCAGACAGAGACAUUGUCCAUCAGAGAGGAUAAUCACACACUACCAUUACCGAUCCUGGCCCGACCAGAGCAUUCCCAAAAACCCAUCACCUCUGUGUACCUUCACCGAGCAUGUACGCCAGCAUUUGAAAGCCAUUCCACGCCUCGGGCCAGCUGUGGUGCACUGCAGUGCAGGCGUCGGUCGGUCAGGAACAUUUGUAACCCUGUUGUGGUUGAUGCAGCUGUGUGUAAGAGGCAUCCAGCCUGAUGUCCGCGCCGCUGUGAAAGAUCUGCGCCAACAUCGAAUGUCAAUGGUCCAGAAUCUGGAGCAAUACAUUUUUGUUCAUCAGUGUCUGCUACAUUGGUUCAGUAGAGGAACAUCAGCAAGCAGCCCAGAGAUUCAGGGUGCCAGUUCAAUAUAAACCCAGUCCAGGAUCGACCCCGCAGCUCCUCAGGACAUGGAGAACGAGGGACGAGGAGCCACCACCGUCACAGACAGAAUCCUCCAUCGCAGCAACCGCAGAAUGCAAUACAACAGCUUCUACGUCCUGGGAACCUACUCAGUAGGCUACUUCCUUCCUGAUUUAAUCCCGACUCUCACGGCUGAGCUCACGUAAUACAACACAAACUCACAAGCAAGACCCUCCCACGGUUUUGAAGGUCAUCUACAGUGAACGUGCAGAAAGACAGGUACAGAAGUAAUGUAGAUGUGUAAUGACAUACCCAGUGGACAGAGGAUAUGGAACUUAAAAAAAAAAAAAAAAAAAAAACACUUAACUAAAAGGAACUUGACAAAAAGUAACACCUAAAGCCAGAGGGUAACAUGGACAAUAUGAACCCUAACCUGCAUCGCUGAGCACAACCUCAAGCCUGUGCAAGGUCUUGGCAAACCAAUCUGCAGGAGCAAGUUUCAUCAGGAUCCAUGAAGUCCUUUUGGCAUUGUGGGGUACACUAGGUGUCAGAGACACAGCCCCCUGGUGGCCACAAUUAGACUCAACACGCACCAACCCAAACACUGUUGAGGUCUUCUGUGGCAGGCUUCACUUUGAUAUGUGAAAAUGCAAGGUUUCAGAGAGUCUGACCCCUGGUGGAAUUUAAACACGCCCAACCUCGAACUUAUCCGAGGUUUUAAAGUUCAGUUAUGAAUAUAAAUCUAAAUGUGCAUUUCAAAUAAUGCAACUAUCACUGCUCACAUACUUCCACAUCCUUUACGCAGAUGUUGAGCAGUAUAUAGAGGAAGUUAUUUAUGAGGCCAUUAAUUACUUCACAGUAGGAUGACACAAACAUGUCAAAUCUUUGAGAAGAUUGCCAUUACUAAACGCAGGGGUUCAGAACACUUUUUUUCUCCCCCUAACCGGUUCAUUCUGUGCAGUCAGCAUUUUUACAUUUAUAGUUGAGUGCCUAGAUGUUAUUAAAAAAGUCUAUUGCUAAUUCAAGUUUUAAGAUGCCUAACUGGAGCUAUUUUCAACACUUUCUUUUACAUGCUAAGCUGUCCAAACACUGAAGUUGAUGUCCAAGACAAACAUUUAUUAAGUACAAAGCACAAUAUUAACCUUCGAGUUGAAACAGAGACCACAGCACCUGCAGCUGGAAAAUUUCUCUUCGCCAUUGAAAGAUGUGUACUAUGUUCAGAGGAAGACAGGAAGUGAACACAGCACCGUUAUUACAAGCAAAAAGUUAUUUUAGUGUAGAAUAAAAUAAAGCUUUUUGUUCAUUAUUUCAAAUAAACAACACUGUUGUGGAACAUUAAAAAAAAAUUAAGUCUUGAGUUUCCUAUUUUGUUUCUAGUGAUGUCAAUUGUGUAUUUUAUUUUCUUUCCUUGCUCUAGCUUAAAGCCUUGGUUAAGUGUCUUAGUCAUGUCCUUCUUCCUUGCGUGGUGUCUUGCUUGAACUCUUGGCUACACUACCCCAACAACUGCCAGUAGUACUGCAACGUUUCAUCCAUAUCUGAGCUGUCAGAAACCUGACACGAAAACAGAGCAAAUGCAAAUUGCAGAAGGAAGGAUCCAUUUGUAUUUAGCUUUAAACGUAAAUGAUUCUUUAGUGAGGUGACUGUGUACCAGAUUUGACCUUGAUACAGUCUCAACUCUGUCACUUCAACCACAAAGACACACUGAUAAAGUUGAGCAGUUUGUAACCCUCACUAACACUGCUGAAGUCACGCACACCACCUGUCAUUCAGGUCAAACCAGCUCAUCCAGUCUGAGCUAUUCAGCACCAGACUCGUGAGACUACUCAAACUGCUGCCUGUCUGCAAUGUAACACUGAGUGUCAGCAAGAACAUAUCAGGUCACCUUCAACAGAAAACCAAAAAUGCCUACUGUUAGUGACAUUUUUGCAUAUAAACAUAUUUGCAAAUAAACAGUGUGGUUUAAACUGGCUGUUUGAAGUUGGUAAAGGGAUGUUAAAUCACUUAUUUUAUUAAGUUGUGGGUUUUUUGUAGAAAAGUCUGUAAUUUUAUAUCACACAUUGAAGGUGUAGGUACAUUAAGGAUGCAUGUGCAGAACUGAUAAUGAAGUUACUAGAAAGACAUGGCAUAGCGGCUGUACAAAAAUGUUCAUGUUUGGAAAAAACA